AUGGACGCGCCAAAACCCUCCCAAGUUCGAGUUCUCGUACGCCCGCCUCCUUCUCCCAAUCUUCCCAUCACUUCAUCUUCUUCUUCUCUACCUCCUCCUCCUCCUCCUCCACUCCCCACUCCCAUUCCCUCCUCAGAUCAUUCUUCCUCUUCCUCCUCUGCAACACCUUCGUCCUCCUCCUCCUCUGCCUCCCCAUCACUGCCUCGCUCCUCGGAUGGUGUGGUGGUUGUUGGCUUCAUUUCCCGAAGACCCGACGAUUCCACGCAGCUUAUUAACCGUGUUAUCGACUUCAAUGUGUUCGGCUCGGGCAAUCUUGAUAAACGACUAUUCGUCGACGAAGAGGAAGCCAGAGACUGGUUUAAGUGGAGGAGAAUUAGUUAUUACCACGAUGAAGAAAAGGGGAUAUUAUAUUUGCAGUUUUGUUCCACUGGCUGCCCGGCCAUUGACGGAUUUUCUGAGCCGUCACCCGGAUUUGAUUCCGUUGUGGAAGAGCACGAGUUUGGAGACCUUCAGGGAAUGCUUUUUAUGUUCUCUGUUUGCCAUGUUAUUAUACAUAUUCAGGAGGGAUCACACUUUGGUACUGAGAUCUUGAGUAACUUUCGUGUGCUACAAGCAGCCAAGCAUGCUAUGGCUCCAUUUGUAAGAUCCCAGACUACAACAAACACGCCAUCUAGAUCAUAUUCUUCAUCAUCUUCACGACCCAUCUCUUCAGUAAACAAUACUUCUCCAGGACAAUGCAUACCUGUCACAUUGUUCGUUUUCAUUGAUGAAUUCUCCAAUUUACCAAAUUCCAACAGUAAUGGGGAGGACUCUUCAGAUUCCUCCUCACUUAAUCACUCUGCUAAUUUGAGUGGUGUAGCCAAGACUAACUUGCCUGCUAAGGGUUCUGGUUCAGUAGUUAUGCUGGCACGCCCUGCAAGUCGAUCUGAAGGUGGCUUCAAGAGAAAACUACAGUCCUCCCUUGAAGCUCAAAUUCGAUUUCUAAUUAAGAAAUGCCGCACACUCUCAGGUUCUGAAUCAAGUUACUCUGGCAUGAGAACCGGAGGCAGUUCAACUUCUGCUCCUUUAUUUUCACUUGAUGCAUCAAAGGCAGUUGUUUUGUUAGAUCAAUUUUCAAAUCGAAGAGGUGAAUCUCUUGAGUUUGCCACUGGGCUUGUAGAAGAUGUCUUGAAUGGGAAAACAAACUCUGAUUCCCUUCUGCUGGAAAGCCAUAGUCAAAGUGCUAGCAAAGAGGAUAUUAUAUCUGUGAAAGAUUUCAUUUACAGGCAGUCUGAUAUUUUAAGAGGGAGAGGAGGUCUAGUUAACGCCAAUAGUGGCUCAGCUGCUGGUGUUGGUAUGGUAGCUGUUGCAGCAGCUGCAGCUGCUGCCUCUGCUGCAUCAGGGAAAACAUUUAAUACUCCUGAUCUUCCAAAUUUUGAAGGCUGGCGAUCUUCCAGUCAUCAUAUGUUGAGUAGAAUUCUCUGUGCAAAAGGCAGUUGCUUGGAUGAAUUUGAAACUAUCAAAAGAAGACCCCGUCCAAGGAACACAGUUUUACCCGCAGCUGAUGGGUCUCCAAAGGUUACAGAUCCUCUUGAUGUUGCAGCAUCUUGGUUGCAUAGUGGUAAAGGGCUCAUUACAAAGUUUUCUACUUCAUGGUGCCAAAGAGCAAUACCAGCUGCCAAGGAGAUUUAUUUGAAAGAUUUGCCCGAUUGUUAUCCUACUUCACAACAUGAAACCCAUUUGAAUAAUGCUUUGAAUGCAUUCUGCUCAAUGGUCAAAGGACCUGCUGUGCAACUUUUCGCAAAAAAGUUAGAACAGGAAUGCACUUUAAUAUGGGAAUCUGGGAGGCAAUUAUGUGAUGCUGUUAGCUUAACAGGCAAACCAUGCAUGCACCAACGGCAUGAUGUGGAGACUGUUAGUUCAGAUUUAGGUGAUUCAUUGAAGGCGCAUUCCAGUGGAUAUUUUUUCCUUCAUGCCUGUGCUUGUGGCCGAUCACGACAAUUACGUCCUGAUCCAUUUGACUUUGAAUCAGCUGAUGCUAGUUGUUUCUCUGACUGUGAUAAGCUCCUUCCUACACUCAGACUUCCAGAAAUCAAAGUCAUAGAGCCUAUCAAGUCGUCCUCUUGGUGUUUGCUUCGGAUUGGGGAUGCAAGAUACUAUGAACCUUCUAAAGGCAUACUUCAAAGUGGAUUCUGUGACACCCAAAAAUUUCUUCUCAGGUGGACUAUAUAUCUAGAGAAGCAGAAAGUGCCAAAUGGUUCAACAGAGAGUAUAGUUAAGCAAGGUUCUUCAAUUAAGCCACCAAUGGUUGAAUUUAUUCCAGAUGCAAAGAAAGCUGGCGUUAUGCAGUCUGACCCUGCUGUACAGAAUGAAGUGGAUGGCCAAAGAACAUCUUUAGAUAAAUCUGAUGAUAAAAAUAUAAGCUUUGGUAGAGGUCUUCCCAAUUUCAAAAUGAGAAAACCUUUUUCUGAGGUCGUUGCUGGAUCAGCUGCUGGUGAUUCAGGAUUCCCCCCUCUUCAGCAGCGGAGAUUGCCAACGUCAGGUUCUGAUAAGGGUAUGAAGCAAAAUAGGACAAGUAGUCAGAGUUUGGGACAUGUCAAUGCAGUUGCUGAUCAUCAGGUGUCUCAAAAAUCUUUAGAUAUAUCCUUUGUUCGGCCACCACUUAAUAGCAAUAAUGAUAAUAAUUGCAGAGAAGCUGACCCUUUUUUGCAGAUAGGUAGCAAUGUAGUGCCUGUAUACCUGGAUGAUAGUGAAAGAAUAAAGUCUCAUUCUUUUGUGAAGCACGUAAUAGUAUAUGUUGGGUUUGAGCAUGAAUGCCCCCAUGGCCAUCGUUUCCUGUUAAAUACAGAACAUCUUGCUGAACUUGGAUCUUCAUACUCAUUGUCUGAAGAAUCUCAUGUAACUUCUGUUGAACCUGGACAUAGCAAUCUGACAGAUCAUAGUAAAGUAAAUAAGAAUACUCGCUGGGGUAAGGUUCGCCGAAGCUCUGUGUCAGCAAAUAAGGAAAGAGAUGUGGACAAAUCAAGUGAAAUUAUUGUCAAUGGUGAUUCAAAUUCAGAUGGAGUGAUAUAUGCUUACCAUCCACAGAAGGAACAAAAUUUGACAUCUGUUAAUAUAUUGACCAAACCUUCUGAUCUUCCAAAAGAUCUUGGAGAAGAUCUUGAAGCUAUUAGCAUGAAUGAUAGUGAUCUUGCAUUCUCCAUGUUGAACCGAAAUUUGCCUGUCUACAUGUUCUGUCCUCAUUGCAGGCUCUCAAGGCACAAGAAGGAUCCACCAAAAGUUAAGUUUGCCAGCACAAUCUCACAGCUUAAAAGGAUUUUUCUGGUGACACCUUCAUUUCCUGUGACAUUAGCAACAUGUCCCAUUGUACAAUUUGAGACAUCACACUUGCCUCCAUCAGUCCCAGAUCGUGAACAAAAAUUGCAGUUCAGCCUUGGAUGUCAAGUGGUUUUACCACCACAGAGUUUCCUUACUCUUAAACUACCAUUUGUAUAUGGUGUGCAGCUGGAGGAUGGAAGAAAGCAUCCUCUCAACCCCUUUGAACAACAGCCGGAAAUGACUGCCUGGAUUACCAAGGGUUCAAUACUGCAGAUCUUGUCCAAGGGGAUCAAUGAUGAGGGGCAUCAAAAACACUAGAAUAUUAUUUAAUUUUAAAGUGGCUUUGCAAGAGUGAAUCGGGCAAGUAUGCCAACAACUUCUCCAGACUCAGGGGGGCGCACGCACGCUCAUUAAUGAGGACGUGUGAGCAGGACGAGGAACUUUGUGGAUGGUGAUUGUGGUCCGUCAUGGAAGAGCUGUAAAUGGAAAAACUGGGACUCAAGGAGUGCAUCUUCAUUCAAUGGUUAAGUUUAACAGGCUUGGACAGCUUUUUAACAAGGAAAAGGCCCUUCGUGAUCAGUGGAUGGACGGCUUUUUCAAGUUUGAAGAUGUCAGGAACCUGGACCAUCACUGGUGUGUUUGACGUAUGCAAGAAUCUUGAGAAAAAUAGACCGCUUGUUUUCCUUGAGAAGCUUUGCCAUGGCAAACCGGCGAGCACAAUCUUUGAUGACCUUCUUUCUUCCCCGCAAAAACUGUUAUCAUAUCUGGUUUCUCACAUGAUGUAGCUUGCGCGCACAAACACAGAUUUCAAUGCGAUCUUCUCAAUUCUUCUCCAGCCAAUUUCUUCUCUGCCUUUUCCAGUGAUUCCAACUUAUCAGGUGCAACUUGGAAGAUUAUGGUUGACUUGUAAAAAUCUGUUCCCACUCACGAUUUCCGACAUUUAUUUUUUUCCCCCCAAUUCAAGAUUCUUUUUUUUUUUGGUUUUAUUUUCGCUUUAUAAUUCUUUUGGGUUUUUUUAAGCAAUUUGACCAAAACAAGGCAUGGUUUCGACAUAUGUAUUAACCUAUGCAAAAGAUCUCGGACCA